AUGUUCGGGAUGGAGGUAUUCCGCACAUUUCCAAGCAACUAUGUGGAAGCUCAGAAACAUGGAAAUGAGAGAAGGAUUAAAAUAGGAGAUUUUAAUUCUCAAGCACGACGGGGACGAAACCCUCCGGACAGGGAAACCUACUUGGAGAAGAUAAGGAUGAUCAUAACCAAUAUGGAGAAGACACUCAGCUACUACAAUGGAGCCAAAAUCCUGCUAAAGAGGAGAGAGGGCGUGGAUAAGCUCCAAGAAGACCUAAUGCUAUCAGGGAGAGACACCCAGCUGCUCAUGAGAGACAAGAAUCGUCCAAACCAAUCAGACGGAGACAUUGAGGUGAUAAUGGAGACGAAAUUGACUUGGACGAAUCAGGAUGCAACACCAACCACUGAGAGAGAGGAGAAGCUUCAGGAGUGGAUGAGAAGCAAGUGGAGAGAUGCAGAAACGGAUUGGAUCAAGAGCUGA